AAACCUAAGGAAUCUGCUUCCGAAGAGUCCUCUGAGGAGGAGUCUGAAGAAGACUCCGAGUCAGAUGAGGAUUCAUCUGACGAGUCUGCCUCCGUAGCCUCCGAGUCUGCCUCUGAAGCCUCGGAGUCCGAGUCGGGCUCUGAGUCUGAGUCUGAGUCUGAAUCCGAGUCCGAGUCCGAGUCCGAGGAUGAAUCCGAAGAAGAGGAGACCAAAGAGGUGGCCAAGGAAGCAUCGAAGAAGCGCAAAGCUGAGGAAGAGAAGGCCUCUGCUCCUAAGAAGUCCAAGACUGAAGGCGCUGAAAACUCUCCCAACCUCUUUGUCGGCAAUCUCUCUUGGAAUGUCGAUGAAGAGUGGCUGCGCCGCGAGUUCGAAGAGUUUGGCGAACUUGCCGGUGUGCGUAUCAUGACUGAGCGUAAUUCUGGUCGCUCUCGAGGGUGA